AUGGACUCCGACGAUCUCUACGACGAGUUCGGCAAUUUUGUGGGCGACGCCAACGACUCCGACGCAGAGUCAGGCGCCGGCGCGCCCGACCCCGCCCCGGGCCAUUUCGCCCAAAACCACGCCCAAAACCACGCCCAAAACCACGCCCAAAACCACGCCCAAAACCACCCGCCAGACCAUUCCCAAAACCACCCGCCAGACCAGGCCCCCUGGGAAGACCCCCCCGCAGGCACGCCAAAAGCCGUGUUUGUGCCCGAAUCCGCGCCCGCGCCCGCCGUGGAAACCAUCGUCGUAAACGCGGCGUCCGCGGGCCCGGCGGAACCCGUGAUCCGGCCCGCCCCCCAGGCGCCCGCGAUCGAGCACGGGCCCCGCGGCGACGCCGCGCUCCCGGCCACCACGUACCUGAAGGCGUACAUGCGGCGCGUCGCGCAGCAGCAGCCCGAGCGCGUGCGCAACGUGGCCGUGGUGGGCCAUCUCCACAGCGGCAAGACCAGUCUCGUGGACAGCUUGGUCACGCACACGCACCCCGGCGUCGGCGGCGGCGGCGGGCAGCGGCAUGGCGCCCGGCCGGUGCGCUUCCUGGACACGCACCCGCUCGAGCGCGAGCGCGGCGUGUCCCUCCACACGUCGGCCGUGUCGCUCUUGCUCCAGGACUCGCGCGACCGCAGCUUCGCCGUGUGCCUCCUCGACUGCCCCGGGCACGCGGACUUCCGCGACGAGCGGCUCGCGCUGAUGGGCGCCGUGGAGGGCGUGGUGGUGGUGGUGGACGUCGUGGAGGGCCUCGGCGCGCCCACCAAGACCAUGGUCAGCGAGGCCAUGCGCCGCAACCUCCCCAUGACCGUGGUGCUCAGCAAGCUCGACCGGCUCGUGCUCGAGUUGCAGCUCGCGCCGCGCGACGCGGGCCGCAAGAUCUCGCACGUGUUGGCCGCCAUCAACGGCCACGUGCACCACAACGAGUACGCCGCCGCGUACACGCACGAGCGGCUCUUCAGCCCGUUGAACGACAACGUGGUGUUCGCGUCGCACGCGCUCGGCGCCAGCUUCACGCUCGCCACCUGGAGCCGGCUCUACGCGGCGCGCUUCCACAUGGACGCGGCGCGCUUGCGCUUGCUCCUCUGGGGCGACGUGUACUUCCACGAGGGCCGCUUCCGCACCGCACCGCCGGCGCCCGCGGCGCCCACGCUGUUCGAGCAGUUCGUGCUCGAGCCCGUGUACAAGUUGGUGGCGCAUACGCUCGUCGCGGACGCGGGCGACGGCUCGCUUGCGCGGCUCUUGUGGGACCACUUCGCCGUGGCCUUGCCCAAGGCCGCGUACCGCGAGGACCCCCAGACGCUUCUCCGCACGGUGUUCCGCGCCGUGUUCCCGGACACCGGGGAUCUCGUGCACCUGAUCGUCCAAAACACGCCGCCACCGCGCGGCGCGGCCGUGCUCGCGAGCCGCGGCGUGGCCGCGGCCAGCCUCGGCCCGGACCUCGUGGUGGCCGACGUGUUCAAGACCAGCCUCCGCCGCGACGCGGCCACCUUCGAGUGCUUGGCCAAGGUGGUGCACGGCACCUUGCGGGCGGGCGACGCCGUGCACGUCGUGGCCGGCGACGGCAGCGGCGAUGGUGACGGCGCCGUGCGCUCGGCGCUGGUCCGCAGCAUCCACGUGCCGGUGGCACGCUACCACAUGGACGUGGACGCCGCGCCCGAGGGCACCAUCGUGGUGCUCCGCGGCGUGGCGGGCGCCGUCGGCAAGGCCGCCACGCUCUACUCGCGGCACACGCCGGCGCCGCUCCUCCGGCCCAUCCACCGCACGGACAACGGCCUGCGCUCCUUCUACAAGGUGGCCGUGGAGUGCGAGAACCCGGCCGAGCUCCCGCGGCUCGUGGCCGCGCUCCAGCGGCUCGCCGCGUGCUACCUCUCCGCGGAGCCCCGGCUCGAGGAGAGCGGCGAGCACGUGCUCCUCGCGCCCGGCGAGCUCUACUUGGACUGCUUUCUCCACGACCUCCGGCACGCCAGCACGCCGUGCUUGGCCAUCCGCGUCAGCGACCCCAUGGUGCGCUUCGCCGAGACGUGCGGGGAGCGCUCCGCCGCCCGGGUCGCGCCGCACUCGCCCUCGAAGACCUGCCUGCUCGCGGUCUCCGCCGAGCCCGUGCGCGACGCGCGGCUCCUCGCGGCCAUCGAGAAGGGCGCCGUGUCGCUCGCCCAGCCGGCGCGCACCACGGCCCGCGUCCUCCGCGACGACUUCGGCUGGGACGCGCUCGCGGCCCGCUCGCUCUGGUGCUUCGGGCCGCGCGACUUGCAGAGCCCGUCCAUGUUGCUCGACGACACCCUCGACGCCGACACCGACAAGGCCGCGCUCGCCCAGGCCAGGGACCUCAUUGUGGCCGGCUUCCGCCUCGCGGCCGCCGAGGGCCCGCUCUGCGCCGAGCCCGUCCGCAGGACCAAGUUCAAGAUCUUGGACGCGGUGCUCGGCGCCGAUGUGCGCGCCAGCGGCGGCCAGAUCAUCCCGGUGGCCCGCAACGCGGUGCACUGCGGGCUCCUCACCGCGGCGCCCCGCCUCUUGGAGCCGGUGUACCGCGUCCACGUGUCGUGCACCGCCAAGAGCGUGCCGGCGGUGCACACCAUCUUGGAGAAGCGCCGCGGCUGGGUGCUGUCCGAGACGCCCGUGGCGGGCACCCCGCUCUCCGAGCUCGAGGGCUGUGUGCCCAUCAUCGACUCCGUGGGCUUGGACACGGACAUGCGCCUCUACACGCAGGGCCAGGCGUUCUGCUCGCUCGACUUCUUGCGGUGGGACGUGGUCCCGGGCGACCCGAUGGACCUGCUCUGCCCCCUCCCGCAGAUGGGGCCCGUGCCGCGGGCGUCCAUGGCCCGCGACUUCGUCAUGAAGACCCGCCGCCGGAAGGGCUUGGGCGGCGAGCCCACGCUCCAGAAGUACGUGGACCCGGAGCUCUACGCCAGCUUGCGCCGCCGGGGCAUCUUGAACUAG